CACUUAAACACGUUUCAGAAGAAAUACGAAUUAUGUCUUCGCAAUCCGUGAAGACUAAGAAGCAAGAUGCUGAGAAACACUCAAUUAUUACAUCAAAAUCCAUGUCCAGCAGACAAACAAAAAUGGCUGUACAACACCCAUCAGUCCACAGAAUGGCAUCCAAACGCAGAGUAAAGGCUUGUGGAAACUCCUUAGAAAGGAUGCCGCCAGAGAUCAUUCUCAGGAUUCUCUCAUACUUGGAUGCUGGGUCUGUUUUCUGCAUUAGUUUUGUCAACAAGUUCUUCCAUGAACUAUCAAACAACAAUUCUAUGUGGUAUCAGUUUUACAUACGUGAACAUGCCAAAAAGAAGAAAGCCAACCAAGAAGGUCAUAUAAUACGUGAUCUUGGCCUGGUAGGUGUGCAGGAGAGGCCAAAGGGAUACUGGAGAAACACAUUCUUCAAAGAAAUUGCUGGCCUGAAUGUGAACAAGUGGAGAAAAAAACUUCAACGCAUCGACCCUUAUUCAGGACUGCCGCGUCACACAGAGGAAGUCCUAAGGAGUCUGUGCAUUACAUGGGAGAUCACAGUGACUGAUGGGAGAGGACGGCGGAGCACCUUUGAGCAGUCUCAUGCCUUCUUCAGCAGUACGGCUGUUUUUGUGUUCUGGGGCGCUGUCAGUUGGCCUUCUUUCAACCAGCUCACCUCGCUUGAGCUUUGUGGAGUGUCGCGGGUGCCCCUCCAUUGUCCUGCUCCCUACAGGCCGGGCUGGAAAUCGGUUAUGUCCAAAAUAAAGCUUCAAGGAGAACACAGCGAGUUGUGUGUUGCAGACAAGAUUGUCAAGAUGCUAUAUGUUGGACAGGGCGUCACUUUGGGAUUCUGGCAGGACCAAUGUGGAAUUGCUUUUGUCAUAGUGAACUUGCACAAUCACAGACUUGUGGAAAGAAGUCUUCAUGCGUCUAAUAGUCCAUGUGCAGCAACCGGAGUCAGUGCUUUGUUUGAUGAUGUGGACCCGGAGUAUGGUCUCCAUGGAUACACUGCUUACAUUGAACUGCACAAUACAGCGAGAGCCGUCAUGUCUGACCGCUUUUCCCAGCUGUUUUGCAGGAGAGAUCAGAUUUCUGAUGGUUAUCUACCACUGGAAGUGAUCAGUGAGAAUAACAGAUCCCUAAAUACUCAUCUGGUUGGAGAUGUUAGCUUGCCUUGGAGGACUGAAGCUUUACAUGGAACUAUCAAGGACUGUUGCAUGAUCAACCUCACUCUAUGGGAUGAAGCCAAGCAGCCUUUUUGGUGUGUGAGUGCACCUGUUGUCAUGACCAAAGCAAAUCAGGACACGGUAUCGUACGAUUAUGAUGGCGAGAGAUUCUCCAUCCUAUACCAAGACUCAGAGGGGAGGGUGGAGAUGAGGCUGAAGCAGAUGGAGUAUAAGGAACAGUAUUUUUUGGUUAAUCUAAUGAUUUACAUUUCUAUCGCCAAAGUGAAUAAGCACUUUGGGAGAGAUUACUGAAGCCUUCACAUGCCAUUUCUCGUUGGCCGUUGUACUAUAUUUGACUUAAGAACAAGCAGGGCAGCU